AGUUGCAUUUCCAUCGCAUGUGGAUUAUAAUAAAAAGCAUUUCAGUUGAUCAUCCACAUAACAAAAAUUAGUAAUACUUACAACUGAGGGAAAUGGAUUCUCCUUUGUUACAUGAAUUUAAAAGGCAGGCUUCCUUCUUCCUCAAACAGAAAAUCAAGACUGCUCGACUCGUGCUUACAGAUGUUACUCAUACUCAACUGCUGGCUGAAGAAGCUACAACUGGAGAUUUGAUUGCACCAAACAUGCAAACCAUGAGAUAACUAAUAUCGCGUGCAGCCUUUGAAAUUGAUGAUUAUUGGAGGAUAGUUGAUAUUCUGCAUAACAGGUUGUCGAAGUUUGAUAGAACAAAUUGGAGAUCAUCUUAUAAGGCUGUGAUGUUAUUAGAAUACCUGUUAACUCAUGGACCAGAAAGUAUUGCAGAGGAAUUUCAAAGUGAUGAAGAUGUCAUCAGACAGAUGGAAAGUUUCCAAUAUGUUGAUGAAAAAGAGUUUAAUUGGAGAUCAAGUGUUAGAAACAUGUCAGAGAGGGUUAUAAAACUAUUGGAAGACAAGAGUUUCCUGAAAAAGGAGAGGGGAAGAGCGCGAAAAGUGACAGUUGGAAUAAAAGGAUUUGGGAGUUUCUGCAAACGUCCUGUUUCAAGCGAAGAAAACAUGAAAGAAGCCAUUUCCGAGAGGUACCUGAGAAGCAAUUCUGGCUUUACUGAUUGCCACAACAAAGAGAACCAAAUCAUGGCCUCAGAUAAAGGGUUCUCUUGCAAGCAAAAAUUGGGAAAAAGUUGGAGUGUUAUAGAUGAUACAAUUGGUGAUGCCAUGGAAUGGAAUCAACAUCCAUUCUAUGAUAAUCCUAGCCGAGCUUCAUUGCUUUCCAUCUCUGGAUUAAGCAGCAAAGCAUUAUCGCUAUCCUUGGAGAAGAAAAAAGAAGUGUAG